CAGGCACUGGUGACGCUUUACUCUAGCGGGGCUGGAAAUCCGCGUCUCCAACAUGGCAACUCCUGUGGAUGGUGGGGCUGGUGGCGGCACCGGUGGCGGGAGGCGGCGGGAGUUGAUGGCGGUGCUGUUCUUCUUCGUAACGUCCUUGACAAUAACGUUCAUCAACAAGGCCGUGGUUUUUAGCUUCAACUUCAACCUGCCCUUCCUUAUCAUGACUAUGCAGAUGGCGCUGAUGGUCACCUCGCUGUGGACGCUGUCCAUGUGCGAGGUGGUCAGCCUGCCGCCCUACACGCUGGCCGCCGGAUGGGCCUUCAAGUGGCCGUCGCUGUGCUACGUCAUGCACGGCGUCUUCUCCUUCUACGCCAUCGCAGGUUUGAACAUCCCGAUGUACGGCGCCCUGCGGCGCUUUAUCCCAAUCAUCACCCUGCUGCUCACGGUGGUGAUGUUGAAGAAGGGCUUCCCUUCCUGCCUCAUCACAUCCUCCAUCUUCCUCAUCACAGCUGGCUGCGUCGUGGCAGGUGCCGGUGACCUGACGUACGAUACAUUCGCCUACCUUUUUGGCCUACUGAGCGCGUUAGCCCAAGCCCUCGCCAACAGUCUGGUGCAGUACCACACCGAGCAAGAGAAGCUGUCGCCGUCGCGCAUCCUGCAGCUCAACUCCCACAACGUCCUACUGCCCGCCGUCGUCCUGAGUUUGGCCGUCGGCGAGCCUUAUAAGGCUCUCAGUAACCCCUACUGGAAAGGUCUUGUGAUGAACACCACCGGCGGCAUCAUGUUUUCUUGUGGAAAAUACCGUGAACGGUCCAAGGCAGCCAUGUCGAAGAACGACAUCUUGAACGAUCAGAACCUCGACCAAGUCUUAUCAGCCCCUAGUGCGAUGAUAUCAAGUGGCUCUCGAACUUCUUCCAAGGCUUCGUUGAUUUCAGAAAAUCUCGAGGAGGGGCGUCUCUAG